ACACCGGCUGGCACUAAGUAUAGAAACUUCUCCGGACGCAGAGGAGAGAUCUUUCACAUUGCUCCAUCCCUCGCUACUGCGGCAGUGAAUCAAAUUCCUGGAAAAGUUUUGUGCUAUCGAGUGAUGAGGAUUAACAAUGGAUUUCUCUUCGUUGGUGAUUGUGUGAUCUGUUGACGGCAGCGUUACCCAAAUGACAAAAUUACACUCCACAUUUUUAAUAUUUUGUUUCCUAGUAUUGCAUCUUUAAAGUAAGUGAUAAAGCGUUAAGGAUUAUUGUCAUAAUUGUGUUAUAUGGGCUUUAUUCUCUUUUGACGGUUCAAAAUAGGUGGAUUUUAGAAGAAAUUUUUUUCUACCAUUGAGUCCUUUAGAAACCAGAAAUAAAAUACAUAAAUAUUUUUAUUUGAAAUAGUACCCUAUUUGUAUUUCAGCACUAACAAAUCUAUAAUGGAAUCUACUUGAAAAUCAAAUAGUAUACAUUUUCUUUUUUGUAAAAAUUGUUAGUCUUUUUUAUCAUCUUUUGUUUCUUUGAAUUAAAAAAAAUAAUUCAAAGUAUCUUUUUCAUUUGUUACAACAAACGAACAAAAUAACCAUGGAUGAAUACGUACCCCACGAAUGCAGGGGUUACUUGGUCACUUUACAAAGUGCAUUACUUGCUGAAUGUCGGCAGAUAACUGAACCUUACGAAUUCUCCAAAGCUAACGUCAUGGAGGUAGGAUGUGCUUACGGAGCCACGACCUCCCAAAUAUCAGACUACUGGCCUAAUUGCAGAGAGGUAUUAGGUGUGGACUCGAACAAAAAUGCCAUCAACUAUGCUUUCACAUUCGUGGCUGAUGAAAAGAUGGACUUCGCAUUUGCCGACAUUGAAGACCAGUCUACCUUCGAUCUCAGCUGGGCGGGGAAAUUCGACUGGGUGUUCUCAUCCCAAGCUUUGUUCUUCGUGCGGGACCAUGCGGCAGCCCUGAGGAACCUUAUGUGGUGCGUAAAACCUGGAGGUAAAUGUUUCAUUGCAGUUCCCGCCGCAAAGCCCGCCGACUUCCACGCUGCAGCAAAAAAAGUCAUCGGUGCUGACUGCUGGAAACAAAACUUUCAGCCAAUAUCUGAUCUGGUAUCAGACAUCACAGAGGCCAACUGUAACCGACUGUGGUUUCACCAUCCUCAUGCUGACAGAGUUUAUUCAGCCUUGCUUGAACAAGUGGGUUACCAGAUUCUUCACACAAAGCUUUUUGACUUCAGAUAUAUAUUUUCUUCGCAAGAUGAAUACAAAGCUUGUCUUCGUUGCCUCAUCCGCCAAACACUACAUCAUAUACCUGAAGACAAGAGGGAAAAUUUCAUGAAGGAGUUUCAGAAAACAGCCUACAAGAAAGCCAAGAAGACUCCCGGAGGGUCAGUUAUCUGGAAUCUUAAAUAUGUUAUGGUGCUGGCUAAAAGACCGGAACUGUGAAGGCUGAAUCAAAUGAAGGAUGGGCGAAAAGAAUCAAUCAAAAAGGAAUCUACCGAUUAUGUUUAUAAAAUAUUGUUGAUUGCUAUUAAGAUAUAAGCAUAUGUAUAUUAUAUGUGUUUAAUCAGCACACUGAUAAAAGAAAAAAUUACUCAACCAGAUUGACCUGCAUACUUUUUCUUAUUCUGAUACAUCCGAUGUACAUUAGUUCAUGAUCAAUGUACAGUACUUUAUGGAAAAUCAAAAUAAAAUGGCCAAAAUGAUAUAAAUUA